GUCAGUCAGUCAGUUCUGGUGUUGGCGGAGGUGGAGUUGCACGCGCGAACGUUGCUGCCACGCUGGAAAGGGUGCCUCGUUUAGUGCCAAAUUGGAUUAUAACCGAACACUGGGUGAUAGACGAACGCUAUUUCUGUCACUUCACCGAGAGUUCACCGCAAAAUCCAGAAAAAAGUUUUCUCAUUUUGAAAAAGGGGGGACUUCACACGUGAGUCUGUUUGAGGGAAAAUUAUAUUGUGCUCGACAUUUUGAUUAUUACUAGAAAAGAAUAAAAUAAAAGUAUUCGAGUUCUAUCUCGGGAUCAUCGAAUUUUCGAAACGGAUGUGGUUCCUCCCUCGUUCGCACCCUUAUGAAUUCGAAGCCUUGCGCUGUUUCAUCAUACCUACAAGCUCUAUGAAUCUGGCUUGAAAAAGAGAGUGAAUGAUUAGUGCCAACGUGAAUGAUACCCAUCCAAGUGCCAAGGAUAAGGUCUGUGGUCUCUUUGAGGACUCCUGUGAUGAACGCUUUUCGAGGAUGCGAGGGCUGACUCUGCUGAGUUGUCGUGAUUCUUGCCUCUCCCCUCCUUUAUCCUUCGCCUCUUUAUCUUCCCCUUUUUCUCUCUCUGCGUCUCAUAACGCAUUGGCUCAGUCACCUUUACCUUGAUCACCUUCACUAAGUCGCUUCUUUCUACAUUUCAUCGCUAUCAUCUUUUUUAAUAGUUUUAUCCUCAAAGAACGGCUCCAUCUAGGCCCUUAUCUUUUGAUCAUUUCCAUUCCAGUUCUGUAAAGACCGAAUCAAUUUUUGGUUUGCUUCCACAGACAACAAUCCUAAAGUCAUACAUUUCCUCUUAUUCUCAGUCAUUUCCACAUUUAAAAAGUAAUACUCCAAAGCCGCACAUUUUUGUUACAUUCCAUCAAAUUCACAAAGCGCAACUCCCAAGGCGCACAGUUCAAGAAGAAAAUUCCUUCCUCUGAUGUUGGCAUUUGAAUAACCUUGCACUGCUCAACUCCAGAUCAGCUGUGCCCAGCCCAUCCCUCCACACAAACAGGCUAACAUACGCACACCCAUUUAACAAAAUAAAGCGCAGAGACUCUUGGACUUUCCUCAAAUUUCCUAUUUCCAUUCACUUUUCUUCUCCAAAGGCGAGUUAGACUCAUUUCGUUAACCUUCCAGUUCCAGCGACCGAAGAGCAAGGAGAGAUUAAGCGAGAAAAGGAGCCACUGGAAGCAUUCUUCGCACCCGUCAACUAAAGGAUGAGUGCCAACGGCUGGAGUAUCCUCAGGAUUGCUGUACUAUGCGCUGUCUCUGUCGCGUCCUACGCCCUGCCAAACUCACAGAUUCAUCAGUCUAUGAGCAAAGAGGACCUACAAAGAAUUUUUCACGUCAGUUCCCAUGACGAAGUUCCUAAUUACGAUGUAGUGAGACUGCGGUCACGGCUAAAGCGUAGUGCGUCUGGUGACCCAGUGCGGACAGUCCACCUGCGGGCGCUGGGGUCGACGAGAGUGCUAAACUUGCGCCCCAACGUUGACCUGGCCCGACCCGUCCCGCUGUUUUAUGCCGAUCACGACGACGUAGGCGGGGUCAUGGUCACGCCUUCCAAUUACGAUGAAGACGUUGGGAUCCCCCAUCAAGACGAGGAGUCCUUGGCGGCAAUCCUAGUCUCCCAUCACAGCGAUACAGGCGCCCUUCAGCUGGACGGAACGAUAGGCGAGGACCUGGUGGUGAGGCCGCUUCCUCCCCCGUUGCUCGACCUGGCCGUUGCUCACGGAGAAGACGAGGCCCGGCCAAACGACCUCCUCCCACCUGACGAUGAGAUCUUCAUGGACGACCUGGAGAACAUGGAGGAUGAGAUGGUCUUUAGCGACGGCUUGCCCCUCGGAGCAGGAGGAGGAGCUUCGGUAGCAGUGCCAGAGAUGGGAGGAGCCACAUCGUCAAUCGGGUCUUUGUUGGAACUCGAGAGUGGAAGAAGCAACAUGACCGAAUCACUGCCUGAUGGACUCACACUUCUCAGAAGACGAAGAGAAAGUGAAUCGCAGGGUUUCCAUAUUGUUUACAGAAAAGAAAGUCCGAUCACCGACACAGACUACGCCAUGAUGGAGUUAGACCACAUACCAGCUCGGAGCGCCGACGCCAGACCGCGAAGGAAGAGGAGCGCCCCUUACAUCAUCUACCCAGAGAUCCUCGUCUUGGUGGAUUACGAUGGAUACCUAUUACACGGGCAAGAUAACAGCCAGAUCAAGAGUUAUUACGUGUCCUUCUGGAACGGCGUUGACCUUAGAUACAAGCUCCUGAAGGGUCCUAGGGUCAAGGUAUCCAUUGCUGGUAUCAUCAUAUCGAGGAGUCGUGACGCCAUGCCCUACCUGGAGAGGAACAGAGUUGGAAGAGACGCCAUCGACUCGGCGAGUGCCCUGACCGACAUGGGGAAGUACCUCUACCAGGAAAGGCGUUUACCCACCUACGACAUCGCCGUCGCCAUCACAAAAUUAGACAUGUGUAGACGAGCGUUCAGUGGGGGGGUUUGCAACAGGGGGACCGCAGGCUUCGCAUACGUGGGCGGCGCAUGCGUCGUCAACAAGCGCCUCCAGAAGGUGAACUCUGUGGCCAUCGUCGAGGACACCGGCGGAUUCUCUGGCAUCAUCGUCGCCGCUCACGAAGUCGGUCACCUUCUCGGUGCUGUCCAUGAUGGAUCCCCUCCCCCAAACUAUCUCGGAGGACCCGGUGCCCGUCGAUGCCGAUGGGAAGACGGCUACAUCAUGAGUGACCUCAGGCACACAGAGAAAGGGUUCCGCUGGUCGUCGUGUUCAGUGGAGCAGUUCCACCAUUUCCUCAACGGUGACACAGCCACCUGCCUUUACAAUCUACCCCACGAGGAUGAAUCCCUUCCAAGAGUACUCCCUGGGAAACUCCUUACGCUCGAUGCUCAGUGCAGGAAAGACAGAGGAACUUCUGCUUGCUUCAAAGACGACAGAGUCUGCGCUCAGCUCUUCUGCUUCGACUCCUCCAGCGGUUAUUGCGUCUCUUACAGACCAGCUGCAGAAGGGUCUGACUGUGGCAAUGGGAAGAUUUGCAGCAACGGGCGCUGCAUCUAUGACAAUGGAAACACCAUCGCUGACUUUGAUAUCCACAGAUCUGGAGACCAGUACUUGUUCGAAUCUACACAGAUCAAGCCUGUAUACACCGACCCUCCAUCCUCCACCACGCCAGAACCAUACACCGUCCCGUCAACAACAACGACAUCAACGACCAGGUCUUCCUGGUGGAACAAAUGGAACAGAAACCGAUGGGACCCAAACACAACCAGUUCCUCCAAACCAACCACAACCACAACCACAACAUCAACCACUACAAGUUCAACCACCACCACCGCCACCACGACGACAACAGCAACCACAACAACGACUACAACACCUUCACCACCAAAAGAUUUAAAGAAAAACUUGAAAGAUCCAGUCAAACCAUCAGACGGUGAAUGCGAGGACCGCAUAGCCAACAUCGCUGGCAGCCUCACAUGCAGGGAGUUCUUGAGGUCUUACGGCUUCAGGUACUGCGGCCAUCGCUACAUUCAGAAGAACUGCUGCCGUUCCCAGAAAGAGAUGUGUCGUGGGCGUUAGCCGGAGGUGUAAGGGAGCACCUGGCCGCGGGCGUCGCCAGGAAAUUAAAACUGUGGCAUCGUGGCCCUGGGUAGGCUACUGCUACCACGUGGGGGGCCUGCCCAUACCAUGUAGGGGUACACGCAUCCAUGCAUCUACCACGGCACUUUCACAAGCAACCAGCUCAUGUCAGGGAGGUUAUCGAUCCAAAACAGAAUUCCAGCGAUGCUGGAAGCUGCGACGGCGGCUUGCUGGCAAGGCGACGACGCACGUUUGGAACUGUCGCGCAUUCGAGGUUUUCGCGGAUGUUCAGUCACUGGUCGGAUAUUGAGUCUAUUAUAUUUUGGUGUUUGAAUCAUUCUAAAAUCUUUCAUUUUCUUCAUCCAACAGUAAUAAUAGGGAUUUUUAACAAAUGUUGAUAAUUACCUAAGCAAAAUUACUGCUUUGAUAUUUCUUGGUUGAAAUAAUCUGCUGUGAAAGGAGUUUUCUGCAACUGACAAUAUUAGCUAUUUGCAUCAGAAACAUAUCUAGGGAAAUGUAUUACAGCAACCGUUGUCAGAAGACAUCGUAACCAUUGAGAUAUUCGAAAAUUUUUCUUGUUAAGUAUGAAGAGUUGUGGUGUUGCAGACCCAAUCCAAACUGCACAUGCGCUGUCGUAGAUGUGUGAAUCCCCAAAAGGUUUGUGAGUGUCUUUAACAUAGGCAUUCGAUCAUAAAGUCUUUCUUUAAAAAAAAUCGUUCGUACGAGCGAAAUUGUGCGCCCGUUGGACUGAUCCUUGUUCAGCUGGACUUGUGUAAUGUAAAUAGUUGUUGAUUUUUAUAUAUAAACCUCGAUUUCUCCUUGAUGUACCAUAACGUUUUUGUCAUUGUCUUCAUUAUUGUAAUGGUAUUUUUGUGAAAGAAAAUUAUUUUUCCAUUUGAAGAUUUUCUAUAGUGACCAAAUAAUCGAAAAAAUGGAGCCAUUGUAUGAUGACUUUUUUUAUGAAUAAGAGCAUUAGUUUCUCUACGUUGUACAUAACUUCCUAGAACCGUAGUAUUUAUGUGUAAGAAUUGCUUCCUACUCCUUCAACAGUUCCUCUUCUAUUAAUUUUCACGUCGUCUGUUUUCAGUACUACAUUUUCCUACAGGUCAGUUAAUACCUUUCCCAGUAGUGGUGGCUUGUUCGGGAUAAUCUCAUUUAUCACUCGUUGUUCUUCCCCAACAACCCCAGCCUCUUUUUUAUUAUCAUUAAUAUCUUUUAGGCUGAUAACCUAACGUAUCUAGGCUGCCAGACGUACGUUAGCGUUCGUCAUGAGACGCUGAAUGCCAGUUUUCUUUUUUCCACCUCAGAGGAUGGUGGGUGGGUCGUCUCUUCGUGGCAGUAAGUGUUGGAGACAGCAGGGUGUUCCUCUGCCUCAGUCCCCAUCAACAGAGUAAAAUCUCUCCAGACUAUCCUUUCUAGGUUAUCCUUGCCUGAACGGAAGUGAAAUUCAAACAGGGAUUGAGUCUUAAAUUCUUUAUAAAUAAAAUAAAUGGAAGUCUUGUUUUCGCUGACUUCUUCUGAAGUUUAUCUUGUUCAGGAACGAAAUCAUCAGUAUUUUUCUGAAAUGAAUAGGUUAGUCAAUAGGUAGUCAAAGACCCAGGCAACAUUAGAAAAGGAUGAGCUUACCGCCAAUAGAAUUAUGAUAGGUUUUCACUUUGAUUAAUUAAAACUUUUGAGUUUAAUUCUCCUUCGAGACCUUUAGAAAUGCGAACAGACUGAAAUUAUUCUUGAGCCAAACAGUUGUUCAAGAAUUAUGGAAAAACAGGAUAGGUUAAGAACAUUUUCGUACUAUUAUUUUAGCAACUUUGUUAUUUAUGUUAUUUGAUAUUUAUUGGGGAUUUCUUUGCCUCUUAUUUUUUCCAUAGUAGGUGCCUGAAGGAAUUCUGUCAAAGCAAACAUCCGAUAGCUUCAAUCUGGCUACGACUACGAAGGUGUUUAGGAUGAGAAAGAUGUCCUAAAACAUUUGCAAACUCAGUAUUAGCUCUUUAAGGAAUAUUACCUGACGAAGGACACGUUCCUUAAAAGAUUCUCCGCGUCGUAACGACUCUCCGGAGGAUUCUUUCAUUCCUGAAGAAUUCCUAUAGAGUUCGUAAGGAGUCCUUAACUCGAAACGAGUCUGUCUUCUAUGAGUUUCUGGAUGCAGGACAGGACGAGUCUCUAAUGAAAUGUUGAUUUGCUUCAUACAAAGUUUAUAAAGCUCUCAUAUUUAAUAUGAAUUCAAACAAGUUUAUGAUUCGAAAAACAUUUGUGGUGAUAUCUUUGACUCUAAACAAACUCCCAGAAUUUUUAUUCUUGAGGGUCCUCUGGCUUGGGUUCCCUUUACCUGAUACAGGUAGAGUGAGUGAUCAAAGAAUUAUUCUAACUGAAUCCGGAGGAUUUUUAUUAUUCAGAAACCCUCAUUGAAAGAUUCUAUAGCCCAAGACGAGUUUCUGAUAAGUUCUCUGAUUUAGGAUGAAUUAUUGAAAGAUUAUUUGACGGAGGAUGAACUCUACUAUACUUAUCAAAGAUCGCCUAAUUGAUCCCUAAACGAAGUACCUAACUCAAACAUGUCGAGGAAGGGAUCAUCGAGGGGUGCUCUAUCUACGUGAAAUAGAGUCUUACAGGAUUAGUAGCUUCAGUUUUCCUAAUCCUCUGGGUCUCUCUCUAGUUGCGUGAGAAAAACCUGCUAAAUUUUCUGAUCUACUACCAGUUUCUUAUUCUCCCUACUCGUACUAUGUCAGGUAAAGAAAGAAAGAAUAAAAAGCCCGGUGUUAAGGCUCAAGACUCAUUUUAAGAAUUCAGCUCUCAUAUUCAGCGUUCUUGUUCAGUAUUCAUUGUGACUCGUGUAGUACCUACCUAUUGUAAAGCUGAGUAUUUGAGGCCCGAUCCUACUGACAGAUACUCAAAGCCCCACCAUAAAAAACGGAUAAAUAAAAAUACGGUUAGAAA